GCGAUGGCUGCGGAGAGACGGAAAAUCCUCCAGAUACCUGAGGCUCUUGCUUUGCGUCUGCCUCUGUCUGGGGUUUGCAGAAGAACCUUGCCCACUCCUCCUCAUUCGUAACGAGUGUAUAUAGUAAACUCUUUGAAAUGUGAGUAUUAUGGGAAGGAUCGCAGUUGCUUUAAAUUAUAGAAGUUGGCAAGUGCCUGGGAGAAGGAGUGGGAGGUUGUUUAAACUGAGAAAGACGGUUGCAGAACUUCGUACGACAGCAUGAGCUCGCGCUCCACACACAUCCUUCACUUCUCUUCAAGACACUUCUCUGCAUUGUUGUGGAGCAGCUUGGGUAAUAAACAUAUUUCUGCUCUGAAUAAUUUUUAAUGGUUUCUAAAUUCAUGGGAGAACCAAAGCAAGGAAGUCUGAUGUUUGGGGAGGACGUCUGAACCCAGCAAUGCCCAGGAAAGAGCCCAAGAUGAUUGUCCUGCUCUACGUGACAAGUCUUGCCAUCUGUGCAAGUGGACAACCUCGGGGCAAUCAGGCUAAGGGGGAGAGCUACUCUCCAAGGUACAUCUGCAGCAUCCCUGGCUUACCUGGGCCCCCAGGUCCUCCUGGAGCAAAUGGCUCCCCUGGACCCCAUGGUCGCAUUGGCCUUCCUGGAAGGGAUGGUAGAGAUGGCAGAAAAGGAGAGAAGGGGGAAAAGGGCACUGCAGGUCUCAAAGGUAAGACUGGACCCCUGGGCCUUGCUGGUGAGAAAGGAGACCAAGGAGAGACUGGGAAGAAAGGACCCAUAGGACCAGAGGGUGAGAAAGGAGAAGUUGGUCCAGCUGGGCCUCCUGGGCCAAAGGGAGACCGAGGAGAUCAAGGUGACCCAGGACUUCCUGGAGUGUGCAGAUGUGGAAGCAUCGUGCUCAAAUCUGCCUUUUCAGUUGGCAUCACAACCAGCUACCCAGAAGAAAGACUACCCAUCAUAUUUAACAAAGUCCUCUUCAAUGAGGGGGAGCACUACAACCCUGCAACGGGGAAGUUCAUUUGUGCUUUCCCAGGGAUCUAUUACUUUUCUUAUGAUAUCACGUUGGCCAAUAAGCACCUAGCUAUCGGGCUGGUGCACAAUGGGCAGUACCGGAUAAGGACCUUUGAUGCCAACACAGGGAACCACGAUGUGGCUUCAGGGUCCACAGUCAUCUACCUGCAGCCAGAAGAUGAGGUCUGGCUGGAGAUUUUCUUCAAUGACCAGAAUGGCCUCUUCUCAGAUCCAGGCUGGGCAGACAGCUUGUUCUCCGGGUUUCUCCUCUAUGUUGAUACAGAUUACCUGGAUUCUAUAUCAGAAGACGAUGAGUUGUGAUCCAGACUGCAGGCCUGAAUGUUGCAACAUGAGUACCACAGUGGCUUACACUCUGAUCUAAUCUGGAGUGCUGGAAGGUGGAGCAAGUGAUACUUGUUCAGAAAACAUUUUUUUACAGAUGGCUCUGGCAGAGUUAACAAAAUAAGACAAACCACCAACCAGUUGAAAUCACACCAAAAUGAACGGCAUGCAAUAGCCCCAGACAUGGACCCCCUGAAGUAAAGAUCCUAAAUAUUUAAGCAAAUUAAAGAUGAUGUUAACAAAUUUGAAUGCCCUUGGCAAUACAACCAGCAGGUAGUGACACUGCCUCAUUAAAUAUUCAUAAAACUCCA